CAACUUCUGCAAUAAAUGACCGAAACGACAAGGUGGAUUGGGUCUCUGACAGGAGGAUAAACACAUAUCCAAUCAUCACACCGAACCGUGAAGUGGCUCCCUGUGAUCAACAAUUCAUGGAGAAGGAGCUUCGCAUGGCACUUGGAUCCAAAAGUGCCAAAGUUACCCGCCCCCAUAUGGGGUACCCCGCUUGUCGUUAUCCCCGCGGGACAGCCAUCGACCUAUCCAUCCAUUCGUUCGCUUCUCACCGUUACAACCGGGGCACUUCCCGUCCAGCAGUCGUCUUCCUACAGUAUGCACAAUAGCAUGCCGUGUGCUGUCCCAUUGAAUUGAUUGAGAUACAUACGACAUACGAGACACACCAUCCUGCGAGUAUCUCCCCCCUCUGUCAUGUCUACCUACGGAUGAAGUUGAGAUGUUGUCAGCCUCAAGCAUUUCACUCCCAGACGCCACCAUCUCUUUACCAACUUGGCUUUGAGCUUCUCUUUUUUUCGCUCUUGGCCUGCCUCCAAAAGGAAAUCUUCUGUAAGUCAUCGGACCGAUAGCCAUUCUUGACACUAAUUCCAAGAAACGCCAAAGGCUUGACAGGAGGAGACAAGGAGGAGUGUGUCCGGUACAAAUUGCGUCAGCCAAGAGCGGGCCCCCUCGGCAGUGACCGCCAAACCUGACGCCUCAACCAGGGUCUCACGUUGUGUGCCGUGGGAGGGAUCUCAGAUGGCGUCGAUGGCUUUUCUUUUGUCCGACUGCCCAUAUCUCGAGAUGGCCUGGCACAUGUCUUUUUUGGGAGGCAUUGUUUUGCAUUUCAUCCACAGCAAAAUCCGGGGAUGUUGAUCAGCGGAACCCUCUGUCCAUUCUGUUGGGUAGGCCAGAGCAUCACAACACGGCAUGUUCAUGAUUCAUGUCCUCUUGCAACGGAAACACGGCAUGCCACAUGCAAAAGCUCCAACAUCAUCCGCGAGGGUACAACCGCAUUCAGGGUAGCGUUCUGGGAUCUUCACUGCGUGAUGAGGACCAAAGGCAGCAAACCCUGCUUUCCUUCUGCACGUCUGACCGAGAUUUAUUCAUCCUUUCGGUGUCCUGCUGCGUAUAAGCCUGCUUGCAGCAAGAGAGUGGGACCCUGAGGGAAUGAUGGACAGGGUCGACACAAAAGGUUCCCAGUUAAGCUUGUGUUAGACCCUACCAACAGUUCCGCCUUGGCAUGGGGUCGAUCACUUCCUUCACAGUUGCAAGUCUGUUGUUGCACCCGCCAGGCCAUCACCUACCAGGUUUAUCCAGAGUUUUCAUGUCCUGUUGCCUCUCUGCGGGGAAAAGGGUGAUGGGUGAGGGGGAUCAAGGGAGCACGGGGUACGACAUCGGUGCAACUCAGGUCAGCCACCUGCGUGCGUGUGAUACCGGGGAAUAUUAAGACUGCCUCGUCCGGGGGCGCUCUGUCCCGGUGUGUUUCCAUUCUCAUUUAGCUCAAAAGCACUUACACUAUCUAUCUACCAUCUACUGUUGACAACCAUCCCCCACCACCGCAACCAUGCCGGACAGUCCAACUAUUUCGGACACCGGCACUACUGGGAAUGAGAAACUUAGCAGCGAGCCCAGGGGUGCCACAGGACAUCAUCUCGAGAUAGGCCGGUCCGCAGACGACCAUGUCGACCUCAAUGCCAACCUGGAAGCUAGGAUCAAAAACCCCCUCGAGGGCAUCCCACGAGACCAGCUAAUGCUGCGGGUAGAGGCCUUUUGCGAAGAAAAAGGACUGGCUCAACAUGUCCAGCUUUUCCGCAAAGGUGCUCUCGUCGCCCAGAACCCGGACGACUACGACAGAAUCGAAGGAACCGAGGCCCUCAACGAGGCAGAGAAAAAGGCCUUGCGGGAGGAGGUCGAGCACAAGUGGCGCCUCCCUUCCAAGCUCUUCCUGACUAUUGCGACUUGCUCGAUUGGUGCCGCUGUUCAGGGGUGGGAUCAGACCGGCACGAAUGGAGCGAACAUCUUCUUCCCGGAUAUCUACGGGAUUGGUGGCACAUCAACCCGGGACAAGCUUCUUCUCGGGCUGGUCAAUGCCGGUCCGUAUCUUGGGAGUGCACUGUGUGGGUGCUGGUUGUCUGAUCCGAUCAACAACCUGUGGGGCCGUCGUGGUGUCAUCUUCUUCAGCGCGCAUUUCUGUCUUUGGCCUGUGAUCGGUUCUGCUUUCUGCCACACGUGGUGGGAGCAGCUGAUUUGCCGUCUCUUCAUGGGUGUCGGUAUGGGCGUCAAGGCUUCGACUGUGCCUAUCUACGCAGCUGAGAACUCGCCGGCCUCGAUCCGUGGUGCUCUGGUCAUGUCCUGGCAAAUGUGGACGGCAUUCGGCAUCAUGUUGGGUACCGCAUUCAACUUGGCUGUGUGGAGCGCAGGAGACAUCAACUGGCGUCUGAUGCUCGGCGCCCCCUUUAUCCCCGCGGUCCCUCUCCUCGUGCUCAUCUACUUUUGCCCCGAGUCACCUCGUUGGUACAUGAAGAAGAACCGCUACGGCAAAGCCUGGGAUGCCAUGAUCAGACUGCGAAACCACCCGAUCCAGGUAGCCCGCGACAUCUUCUACAUCCACUCCCAGCUCGAACUCGAGGAGCAACUCCUUCGCAACUCGUGGUACUUUCAGCGCAUGGCUGAGCUCUUCACCAUUCCCCGCGUGCGCCGGGCCACCCUGGCCGCCUUCACCGUCAUGAUCGCCCAGCAAAUGUGCGGCAUCAACAUCAUUGCCUUUUACUCGACCACCAUCUUCAAGGACGCUGGGCAGGACGACUACCAAGCUCUGCUCGCAUCGUUUGGGUUCGGGUUGGUCAACUGGCUAUUUGCCUUCCCCGCCUUUUGGACGAUUGACACCUUUGGCCGGAGAUCACUCCUGCUGUUCACCUUCCCGCAGAUGACGUGGACCCUGCUGGCGGCCGGCCUCUGCACGCUGCUGGAGCAGGGAACCGCCCGGACCGCCCUCGUGGCGCUGUUUGUCUACCUCUUUGCCGCGUUUUACUCACCCGGCGAGGGCCCGGUGCCGUUCACCUACAGCGCCGAGGUGUUCCCCCUCUCGCACAGAGAAGUAGGCAUGGGGUUCUCGGUCGCGACGUGUCUCUUUUGGGCGGCGGUGCUGGGCAUGACCUUCCCGUUCUUGCUCGAGUCGCUGGGGACGGUGGGUGCGUUUGGGUUGUAUGCCGGGUUUAAUGCCCUGGCGCUGGUGAUGAUUUUCUUUUGGGUGCCCGAGACGAAGCAGAAGACGCUGGAGGAGCUGGAUUAUGUGUUUGCGGUGCCGACGAGGAAGUUUGCGGGGUAUCAGGUGCGGCAUGUGCUGCCUUGGUGGUUCAAGAGGUGGGUUUUGUGGAGGAGGGAGGCGAAGCUGAGGCCGCUUUAUAAGAUGGAUCAUCAUCAGGGGCGGGUUGGGAGGGAGGGGAGGCUGGGGAGUGAGACGAAUACCUUGUCGGAGACGGAGGGGGAGGUCAAGGGUGGUGGGGUUGGGGGGAAGACUGUGAAGGGGAUUUGAUUCUGAUUUGGGGUUGGGGAGUUUGAUGACUGAACUGGGCCGAAGGGGUGUGGUUUGAAAUAUGUUUGGUAUGGGAGGGGUUUGUCGCUUUGAUUUUUCCAUGAGAUACCUGGGCUAUUCUGUUGAAAACUUGGAAAGGGAGGGGGGUGAUGAAGUCGUGAAAGACUCCUAAUUUCAUGUUAUCGGUUUGACAGCUGCUCGUUUGGACCUGUGAGGUAUGAAUAGAUUGAGAAAGAUAUAUCAGGGUAUGUCAAGGCACUUGCUCUAUUGGCACCCCCCCAAUAGUAGGUCGGACAAUCAAAACCAUUUCCAUCAUGGAUUCCACAUACUUACGGAAACCUCACCCACGACAGGCGUUUAGUAGCGGGGCGGGUGACGGUCAAGUGGGCGGAAAGAUGCCGGCCCAGUUUGAAGCUUGGUCAUUUUGGAUAUUCAAUUUUGAAACCUGAAGUGUUGGGAGAGGCCAUUCACACAACACUCUUCACACCCCUUAUAGAGCUCUCUCUUAUCAGCCCUGGGUUCCACCUCACUCCGCUCGGGCCCCCCACGCUUCAAGCAUCUAUUUGAUUGAAG